CCACCCGACGCCGCCACUGCGCCGGCCCCGCCCGCACAAAGACCGCGCGGUGACCCGCCCUCUGCCGCGACCCCGGCCCCGCCCCGGCCCCGGCCCGGCCUGGUUCCUGCACCUGCCGGAGGCCGCCCGCCGCCAUCGCCAGCGCAGUCGCCCGGCUGUGCUGACCGGGAAGCAGUUCUCGGCGGGCCGCGCGGUGACUCAUCGGCCUGGCCGCGUCCCCCGCGCGGGCCAUCUUGGUCGCGGCCGGCGGCGGACGGAGCCGCGGAGGAACCGCGAGACCCCAGGGCCCAGAGCAGGUCCAGCCGCCCGUCCGGCUCCCUAGCCCGCGAGGCCUGCAGUAAAGGAGCCGCGUGGGAUCGGGGCCGAAGUCCCCAGGGCCUGACCCCGCCGGGCAUCGUGGGCCCCUCUCUCGGGCCCUCGGCUUGGGCUUGGGGAUCUCACAGCCCACCUCCCGUCGUGCACCCCACUCUGCCCCCAUUUCCACGGGGACCCACCUGGUCACCACACCCCCUUGACCCACCCGCGGGUCUCACCCGUGGCUGACCUCUGGCCAGCAUGGUGCAGCCGCAGACAUCCAAAGCUGAAAGCCCGGCAGCGUCUCCCAACGCCCAGAUGGAUGACGUCAUUGACACCCUGACCUCCCUGCGCCUCACCAACUCGGCGCUGAGGCGGGAGGCCUCCACCCUGCGGGCAGAGAAGGCCAAUCUCACCAACAUGCUGGAGAGCGUGAUGGCAGAGUUGACCUUGUUACGCACCAGGGCGCGGAUCCCGGGGGCUCUGCAGAUCACCCCGCCCAUCUCUGCAAUUACUUCUAACGGGACUCGACCUAUGACCACACCUCCAACCUCUCUGCCCGAGCCCUUUUCCGGGGACCCAGGCCAGUUGGCGGGGUUCCUGAUGCAGAUGGACAGAUUCAUGAUCUUCCAGGCCUCCCGCUUUCCGGGUGAGGCCGAGCGCGUGGCCUUCCUUGUGUCUCGACUGACUGGGGAGGCGGAGAAGUGGGCUAUCCCCCACAUGCAGCCUGACAGCCCCUUGCGCAACAACUACCAGGGGUUCCUGGCAGAGUUGCGGAGAACCUACAAGUCUCCGCUCCGACACGCGCGGCGCGCCCAAAUCAGAAAGACUUCCGCCUCUAACAGGGCUGUGCGAGAGAGGCAGAUGCUCUGCCGCCAGCUGGCUGCCGCGGGCACGGGGCCUUGCCCAGUGCAUCCGGCUUCCAACGGGACUAGUCCAGCGCCAGCCCUGCCUGCCCGAGCGCGGAAUCUUUAAGCAUCUGCCACCCCUUGGUAGCGUCUGCAGCCGCCCAGGUAGUAUACGCUCUUUGCUGUGUAGAAGAAAUUGCCCAUGCGACAGCAUCACCCCUGUGUGAAGACCUCCCUUCUUGCCUCUCCAGACCUGUUCCCCAAGGAGACCUUCCUUCCAUCCCUCCUGGCGCCCUGGUUGCCCACCUUGCCACGCUUCCUCUUACGUGCUAGCUUUGUACCUAACGAGCACUGCAUGCUUGCCUCCCUCUUGCUGGCAUCCCGGACUGUUUCAGUGACUACCACUCUGCUACUGGACACAGGGACUGGGCUGCACACUGAUGGACCACGUGGGCUGACUCCUCCCCACCUGACUUGGUUCAUGGAGGCUCCUACUCUGCCCUCUGCAAGCCCCCUUGGCGGCUCCGCACCUGGUUCCGGUUGACGACCUCUGGACAGAAAGAAGCCACGUUGGCCAGGCUGGUGGCUCGAUGGGUGUGCCUGGAGAGAGGAUCUGGCUGGGGUGGUGGCUCCAUGGGUGUGCCUGGAGAGAGGAUCUGGCUGGGGUGGUGACUCCAUGGGUGUACCUGGAGAGGGGGUCUGGCGUCCUGCCCAAUGCCCACCGGCCCUGCUAGGGCCCAGUGCAGCAGGCAGGGCCUCAUCCGUGCUGUCAGUGGUGGAGCAGUCACUGCUGGGAGUGUAGUUCUGGCACUUCUGGGGGCCGGGUUCCACUCUGCACGUGAAUAUGCAGUCUAGGAGGCCCCAUUGCUCUCACUGGGAAGGAACAAUGUUGCAGCUGAAGGGUGAAUCCAUCAGAAGUUGCAGCUCCAGUAAUGCUUGGCUUCAGCCGCUUGUGUUCUGAUCGGGCCGGGGAUUUGGGGAACCUGGAACUUGUCUGCUAAAUAAGGUCAUGGUGGACUUUCAGCCACUGGGGAAGUCCCUUAGGCUGCAGGUUCCUGCACACCCACACCUGAGGGCCAUAGCAGGCUGAGGGUGGAUCCCAGUGACUCCUUUUGCCCCCCAGGAUCUCAAUGGGCAGUGCCACAGCUGCUGAUGCUCAUUCAGUCACUCCUGCCCCUGCCGCUGCCCCAUGUCACUGAUAGUGAGCCUUGCCCAGCUUGAGACCUGUUCCCAUCUCCAUUCAGGUGCCACGUGGCCUUCCCUGCAGCCCCUGCAGCCACUCACACUCCAUCUGUGGGUCUCCAAGGGCACCCUGUGGCAUGUCCUCCCCAUGCCUGGGCAAUCAGAUGUCUCGCCUUUGUCUGAGAGAAAACACACUCCCUUGGGAACCAUCUGUAAGCACUUAGACCGGGGGGUGUCUGCCUCUGGCAACCCAGCCAGGGUCUUGGUGGCAUUGGUAAAAGCAAAGAGCUGUGGACUGCAGUGGUCCUAGUGUGGUGACAGUGCAGCACUGGCAUGCAUGUCCUGCUUCUGAGGGACCUCAUGCCUCCUCACAGGGAGAUGACCAAGAAAUCAUUUUUCUGGCUGAGUUUGGCCAUGCCCUUUGGACCGUGCUGGUCCACCAUAUUUCAGUGCCAAAUGAACCACGUUGACAUGACCUCCUGGACCACAGGGCUUCCUACCCUGGGUUCAUCUGCCCGUCUGAAGGGUUCUGGCUCGGUUGCAGAAGGACAGACUCCGUACCCACCCACAGACAUACAUAUGUCUCGGGACCCCAGAGGUUGGUCCUGGGACCUGGCCGCUCCUGAAGAGUUUUGAUGGCGCUGGGAAAAGUGACUGCGAUUCUGAAGAACCACUGCUUUGCAAGACCAAGAAUACUGGGUGGUUGCCGGGUCCGCAGACUCCUGCCGCCCGCUCACCAUCCACUCCGUUAGCCCACUUGCCCUGCUGGACAACUGCCUGAACACAGGCUUUCGGUUCCCUUGGACUCCAGCCGAGGCUGUCUACGUGGGAUCAUGGUGCUCAUUAAGCAUGAACGGAGGGAGGAUGCACAGCACGGCCACCAUUCCGUGAAUGGGAGGGGACAGAUCACUUUCUCUCUGCUCAGUUCUGUUCUGUCGCCAGCAGCUGUAUUGAUAAGACUAGUACCUGCCAGGGAGAUGUGCCCCCAAGUGAAGGGGGACAGUGGCACCUGGGAAAACCUUCCACCUGGAAGGUUUCCACGUGGCCCAGCCCAGCCAGAGUAGGAGACCCAGCGUGGAAACGGCAGGAACUCUGUCGUGUCGCCAGCCCUGGCUCCACCCAAGUAGCUUGAUGAAAGCCCUGCCGUGUUUUUGUCAGGCUUGUGCUGCUGCCCACCGCAGAGCUGCCUGGGAAAGGCCAGCCACACCCCCGUUCACACCUGCAGCCGGGUCCUUUGCCUGUGGGCGCCCUAUCCAAGCAGCUGCUCCAGCUUUGUUUGGCGUGGUGGUUUGUGUUUUGUCUCUCGGUGCUCAUGUGUGUGGGCUCGGGACGUGUGCUGGGGUGCUCUUAGGACCUUCUUGAUAGCUUCCUGCUCUUUGGAACAUGGAGCACAUGAGAGAGGGUCAGGAGCUUGCCCCCCACCUUGGACCUGGAAGAAGCGCACGUUGGAGGGGUGAGGACCCCAUGGUGGCUCUAGUGGAAGACACCUUCGUCCCCAGCUAAAGAGGUGCAGACCUCAGUGACGGGGGAUCAGGCUGAAGAAGGUGGGAGAAGGGAGAUGCUUUGUAUAUAUUUGGGGCUUAUAAUGUCUCUGAAUUUUAGAAAACAGGUAUUGAUUUAUAAAAGGGACAGACAGUAAAUAGUACAGGUGAAGGUAAUUCUGUUUCCCUUGGUUCCGACGUUUUUUGGACUAUACUGUGACUGCUGUCUGAUCCACAUGACACCCCUCUGCUAAGUAAGCUUCACUGCAUACCCGGAAAUCCCUGGAGAUGGAAGUUAGUGAAGGGGUGACUCUCUGGCCCAGUAUAGUGAGGCCUAAAGCAUUUUGGUGACUUCUAGGAAACAGCGAAGACCUGUUUGGCCCCAGGUUAGUAUGUGAUGAGCAGUGAGGAGGAGUUGGAAAACAAAACCCAGGCAGUGCGGCAGGACCAGCCUGGGGCACGCGCUCCUGUUGUCACGGCGGACAGAGCCGCCUUCGGUGGGCACCACCCAAGCGGUUCCGGCCAGCCGGGGAAUGAAGGGACGUGGGUUGAGCUGGGCACGUGCCGAGGUUCACUUAGGAACAAGCCCCGGGAUUGGACAAAACCCAUGCUGCGGCCACCCACUGGGGGCAGAGUUCUGGGUGGAACAGGGGAGAGAUCGUAGCAGAGGCACCUCCGUCUGCAGCCACGCACAGCCUUAAGGCUCAGCUCACCUCUGCUUGGAGAGCGCUGGUUCUGGGGCUUAGAGAGGUAGGCACCAGGUGUGGCUCCCGGGGAAGGGAAGCAAGAGCAGCCUGUUGGGCCAGCAGAAGAAGCUCCCAGCAGUGGGGAGAAGACUGGGGUGUAGGGCCUUCCCUGCGGAACUGAUAGCUCCCGCCGGUCUCUUCGGGGACCUGAGGUUGGCUGGGGUGGUAGCCGGCACAGCACAGAUGUGGUAGAGAUGGGAGGAAGCCCAGCUCCUCACUUCGCCUGCCUCAGGCCUUUCCAGACACAAGCACCAAACCUACUAGGUCUUCUCAUUAUCCAUGUCAACCACAUGUUAGGUCAAUUUUUGCAAGUAGAGGAAAGAAGGAAGUAAAAUGUCACAUUUUGGUGUCUCAGGCUUCUUCCCCCAACUAUAGUUUCUUUGCAUUUUGUUUUGACACAGGCUGCUGUCCUCUGUCAUGACACAGUUUUGUGCAGCUGUUUUCACUGAGCUGUCGUGGGCAUCUCCCUGUCUGAUUACUAACGUUACUUUGGAGUGGCUGUGUACUCUCCCAUCGACUAGAUGGACUGUGGUGCCAGUUGCAGAUACUAAUGCUGUCACUAACAUUUCAGUUGUAAGCUGGUGAAUACCUUUGUGCACAAGGCUGUCUCCCAAUGUCAAGUUAUUUUCUUAGGAUAGACUCCCAGAGGUGGAUUCUUGAAUUAAAGAAUAUGAAAACCUUUGAGGAUUUUACUGCAUAUUGACAAAAUGGUUUCCGGAAACAUUUGUGUCCACUUACUGCCACCAGCAAGGAUAAACAUAUCCAUCUUGCCAGUAUUGGGAAUUUUAUCACCUGGCUAAAUAUUUGCUAAUUUGAUAAUGAAAAAGUAGCUUUGUGUUUUAGUUGGCGUUUCAUCGAUUUCCAGCACGGUUGAGCAUCUCUCAUGUGAAGCGAUUCUAUUUCCUCUUCUGUGGAUUGUCAAUGUCCUUUGCUCUGUCUUCUGGGGUCUGAUACAUUUGUAUGAGCUCAGUAUGUAUUAAAGAUAUUAACCUGGUGUGUGUCAUA